AUUUUUUGGCUUUUGCAGAUGCGUGGACAACAUGGUGGAUAUAAGAUAACCAAUACAAUAUUUGUUAAUUUGUGGCUAAAUAUAACUUGACUGAAAUAUUUUUACCGUAAUCAUGGACUGGAAAAGCGCAAAGUUUUUGCUGGCGUCUACAGCCACUGCCGUAGUUGCUUCUCAAGUGGCAAAGAAGUUGUAUAAAUAUUUCUUCAGAUCAAAGCAGAAGUGUUCGCAGUCAGAAGUCGUCACUGAAGAUACGUGCAACGAAGUUUUAGCAAUCAAAAACCGUGAAAUAAACGACGUCAUACUAUUCUCAGAUGAUGUUGUUCGUCACACAAUAAAAGUUCCACCUAAUAAGGACCUAACUAUCUGUGAAAGCAGAGAGCUGAAUUGUUUCAAGCUAAUUAAGUACAUCAAAUCAGCACGUGAAACAUUAGAUGUGUGCAUGUACUUAAUUACUAGCAGUGAAAUAGCAGAACAUAUAAUCAGGCUGGGACAAAAACACGUUUUAGUGCGAAUAAUGGUAGACAGCGACAUGGCUUUUACACCUCAGUCACAAAUUAACAAGCUCAAAGAAUAUAGUUUUAUUCAAGUACAAACGAAUAAAAAGUCAAUUUUGAUGCAUCACAAAUUCUGCAUCAUCGAUGGGCCCAAAGCGAUGAAGCGCAAAAGUUUAUUAAAAGCACAUGCUGAAAAAUUAAAUGUGCACGCGAAAUUUAAUAAGAACAUUUCGAAGCAACAACCAAAGAACAAACAAGUAAAAGCUUUCGUGAUGUCCGGCUCCCUAAACUGGUCCACUCAAGCAAUGGUAUCGAAUCACGAGAGUGUAAUCGUCACUUCACAUCCAAAUAUUGUAAGCAAGUUUGAGAAAGAGUUCGAAAGUUUGUGGGUGGAGACCGAGCCGGCUGUUAUGAUGUCGACCACAUAACUGAAGUCAACUGAAAAUAACGAUUGCUCACCACCGUAGAAAAUCAAGAUUUCGAAUAAUUUUGCCAAUGAUGCAAUCUCACAAGUGCAUUUGUGAAAUCUGUGUUACUGAUAAUAAAUAUUAUGUGCAAUACUAUGGCUCAAUAAGUGAUAAUACAAUAAAAACGUGAAAAAAGUUAAGUGAUGUCGACAGUUUUACAUGGUAAAUAGUGUUUUGAAAAUGUGCGCAUUGGAUGCAGUGUUCUUCGCUAGAUGGCGUCGUUGGAAUCGUUGCUAGCAAGUGAGGAGCUAGUUCCGCUACUCGCCGCUAGGUGGC